UUCCGGGAGGCGUGUCCAGUCUGUUGACAUCGAGAAGUAGGCAGCCUCACAUGACAUGUCCUCCCCAGAGAUCGCCUCCCUCUCCUGGGGCCACAUGAAGGUGAAGGGAUGCUCCUCCAGCUACAAGGACUGUAAGGUCUGGCCUGGAGGCAGCCGGGCCUGGGACUGGAGGGAGACGGGGACUAAUCAUUCCCCAGGAGUCCAACCCGCCGACCUGGAGGAGGUACUGAAGAAGGGAAUAGACUUGCUGGUCAUCGGCAGAGGCAUGAGUGAAGCUCUGCAGGUUCCCUCCUCCACGCUGGACUUCGUGACGCAGAGAGGCAUCGACGUCAGGGUCCUGCAGACGGAGAAGGCUGUUGCCGAAUACAACAAACUGGCUGGCCAGGGCGCCAAGGUGGGCGGGGUCUUCCACUCCACCUGUUGA